AUGCGUCUAUUAAAGCUUGUUGGGCCUGGCGACCUCAGCCUGGUCCAAGUUCCUACCCACAAUGACCUUCCCUAUACCAUACUCUCGCACACUUGGACACCUGGCCAAGAGGUAACCUAUCAAGAACUCAUUAGUGGCGGCGGUAAAAGUAAGACCGGUUAUGAAAAGAUCAAGUUUUGUGGAGAGCAGGCUACCAGGGACGGUUACUUGUACUUCUGGGUAGACACAUGUUGCAUUGAUAAAUCAAAUCCUGCAGAGCUUUCAACGGCGAUUAACUCCAUGUUUCGCUGGUAUCGAAAUGCGAAGAAAUGCUAUGUAUAUCUUGCAGAUGUAUCUAUACCGGGUGAUGAAGUAGAUACUCAGGCCAACCAGAGCACAUGGGAAGGGGCUUUUCGGAGAAGCAGAUGGUUUACUAGAGGCUGGACACUUCAAGAACUUGUUGCUCCAGCAGUGGUGGAAUUUUUCUCAAAAGAAGGCAAGCGACUAGGUGAUAGGAUGUCACUAGAAACGCCUAUUCACGAAAUUACCGGAAUUCGAACCAAGGCCUUGCAAGGAAAUUCCGUUUCCGAUUUCAGUAUAGAUGAGCGGAGAGGGUGGGCAGCACAACGCCAGACAACAGAAGAAGAAGAUUCAGUCUACUGUCUUUUAGGUCUCUGCGAGGUGUCCAUGCCAGCCAUCUAUGGCGAGGGAAAGGAGGCCGCACUAAAGCGGUUCCAAAUGACAGUAAGGGGAUUCUCGAACAGUAGCCAGCAGGGAGAUUUGAAAGACAGUAAAACUCCUUUCAUUGUGCCAUUUGAGAGAAAUCCCAACUUCACGGGUCGUGAGUUCCAGCUUGCAAAACUUGAAAAGGAACUCUCUAAACAAGGCCAAACUACAAAACUAGCCAUUACCGGGCUUGGCGGUGUGGGCAAAACACAAUUGGUACUCGAGCUUGUCUAUCGAGUCAGAGACAAGUAUAAGAGUCGCUCAAUUAUCUGGAUACCGGCAACGAAUAUGGAAAGUCUCCACCAAGCAUAUCUGGACGUGGCCCAAAAGCUUUGUAUACCCGGUUGGGAAGACAAGAAGGCGGAUGUAAAACGGAUUGUGCAGGAGUUCUUGAGCAAAGAAAGCACCAGGCAGUGGCUUCUUGUGUUUGACAACGCUGACGACAUUAAUAUGUGGAUUAGUCAGUCUAGUCGUUUGAUCGAUUACUUGCCAAAAAGUGAGCAUGGAUGUGUCGUGUUCACAACACGAGAUCGCAAGACAGCUGUCAAGCUCGCAAAGAAUAAUAUUGUUGAAGUACCCGAGAUGGAAGAAACUGUGGCUACACAAUUACUGCAAAAGUGUUUAGUGAAUCCAGACCUGGUCAAAAACCGACCGGAUACGGAAGCUUUACUUACAGAGCUUACUUAUCUUCCAUUGGCUAUUGUUCAGGCAGUGGCAUAUAUCAAUGAGAAUGGGAUAGCCCUUUCUGACUAUCUAUCCCUCCUUGCAGAGCAAGAAGAAGACGUGAUCGAUCUGCUUAGCGAAGAAUUUGAGGAUGACGAGAGAUAUCACAAUAUAAAGAAUCCAGUAGCUACUACGUGGCUGAUCUCGUUUGAGCAAAUCCGGCAGUGCGAUUUUCUUGCGGCCGACUAUCUGUCAUUUAUAGCUUGUAUAGACUCAAAGGAUAUCCCACAGUCUCUACUUCCCGCAGGCCCAUCUAGGAAGAAGGAAAUCGAUGCAAUUGGGACUCUCGAUGCAUACUCUUUUAUUACCAAGCGUUCGGCAGACCAAGCUCUUGAUCUUCAUCGGCUAGUACAUCUCGCAACACGGAACUGGCUUCGAAAGCAAGAGCUAAUCACUCAAUGGACCGAAAAGGCUAUUACGCGAUUAGAAGAAGUCUUCCCGGACGAUGACUACCAAAACCGAAGUAUAUGGAGGAUAUAUCUUCCGCACGUACAAUCUGUGCUAAAAUCUGAUGUUUGUAAAGAUCUGGAGAGUAGAGGCAAACUAGCAUGGAGAUUUGGGAUGUGUCUUUCACAGGAUGGAUGGUAUAAUAAAGCUGAAAAGCAGUUUGUCGAAGCCUAUAAGACGGACAAGCGGGUGCUGGGCCAGGAGCAUCCCGCCACGCUCACGAGCAUGGCCAACUUAGCUUUGACGUACUGGAACCAGGGCCGCUGGAAGGAGGCCGAGGACUUGGGGGUACUGGUGAUGGAGACGAGGAAGCGGGUACUAGGCCGGGAACAUCCCGCCACGCUCACGAGGCCGCUGGAAGGAGGCCGAGGACUUGGGGGUGCUGGUGAUGGAGACGGAGAAGCGGGUGCUAGGCCAGGAGCAUCCCGCCACGCUCACGAGCAUGGCCAGCUUAGCCUCGACGUACUGGAACCAGGGCCGCUGGAAGGAGGCCGAGGACUUGGAGGUGCUAGUAUUGGAGACGAGGAAGCGGGUGCUGGGCCAGGAACAUCCUGCUACGCUCACGAGCAUGACCAACUUAGCCUCGACGUACUGGAACCAGGGCCGCUGGAAGGAGGCCGAGGAUUUGGAGGUGCUGGUGAUAGAGACGGAGAAGCGGGUGCUAGGCCAGGAACAUCCCUCCACGCUCACGAGCAUAGGCAACUUAGCUUUGACGUACCAGAACCAGGGCCGCUGGAAGGAGGCCGAGGACUUGGGGGUGCUGGUGAUGGAGACGGAGAAGAGGGUGCUGGGCCAGGAGCAUCCCGCCACGCUCACGGGCAUAGCCAACUUAGCCUCGACGUACUGGAACCAGGGCCGCUGGAAGGAGGCCGAGGACUUGGAGGUGCUGGUGAUGGAGACGAGGAAGCGGGUGCUGGGCCAGGAGCAUCCCUCCACGCUCACGAGCAUGGCAAAUCUUGCUUGGACCUGGAAAAGUCAAGACCAGCAUGA